AAUAAACUUUCAAAUGAAAAAGUUUUAGCAGCACCAAUAAAUAAAACAAUAAAGAAUAGGCUUUGCAGCAGCAUUGAAUGAAGUAGGCCCCUCCUCCUUCCCUUCCUCCGGUCCUUAUCAUAUCCUAAACACAAUCUCUCUCUUAUAAAAUAAAUAGUAAUAAUAAUAUUAUUAUUAUUAAUAUUAGUAUUAUUAUAUUUUCCUAAACCCAAAACCCAAACCAAAAACCGACACCCAAACAAACCCCUUCAAAGAAGAACAAACAAGUACAACUACAAACCCCCAAUCCGAAAAUCCAUUACAUUAUUAUUUUUAAAAAUUUAAUCCAAAUACUAAAUUUAAGCCAUGACAUCCCCCAGAAGCACUGCCGAAUCAGACCUCACGGCCACUGCAAUACUCGUUCAACCAUCUUCCCCGAGAUUCCCGGCUAGUGGGACCCCCACCGCGGGAGCCCAGCGCAAGAUCGGCAUAGCCGUUGACCUUAGCGAUGAGAGCGCCUUCGCCGUUAAAUGGGCUGUUCAGAACUACCUUCGCCCCGGUGAUGCCGUCGUCCUUGUCCACGUCAGCCCCACUGACGUCCUAUACGGUGCGGAUUGGGGCUCCGUCGAUGCGACGGUGGCCAACGACGACGACGACGAGGAGUCGAAGCGGAAGCUCGCUAACGACUUCGAUGCGUUUACGACGUCUAAAGCCAACGACGUCGCUCGGCCACUGGAGAAGGCGUUGAUUCCUUAUAAGAUCCAUGUUGUGAAGGAUCACGAUAUGAAGGAGCGGCUUUGCUUGGAGGUGGAGCGCCUUGGUCUCAGUGCCCUCAUCACGGGCAGUCGUGGCUUCGGUGCCUCCAAGCGUGAGACCGAUGCUAAGCUCGGUAGCGUUAGUGAUUACUGUGUUCAUCACUGUGUUUGUCCCGUUAUUGUGGUUAGGUCUGCCCAAGACAAGGAUGGGAAUGGUGCUUCUGAUCUUAAGUCUCGUAAAUCGGAGGACGACCAAGAGUUUCACGAUGCUUUGGAAAACUAAACAGAUAGAAGGAUUUGAGUAGAUGCUGAAGCGCUUUAAGAUGUUUUCAAGCUCAAAUACUCAAUAUGGUUGAAUGUUGUACAAAAAGUAAUGGUGGAGAUGAUGUCUGUUUCUAUUAACUUUUUACUGCCUCGCGCAUGUAUAGAGUUGGGGAUGUUGAAGUUGGCUUGAUUUCUUUUUCUUGUUGUACUUUCUAAUUUAUGUUGGAAUCUUUUUAUUCCAUUAAUAAAAAAAGAAUAUUAGAAA